CUCUUCCUCCGCUCCCUCCUCUUCCUCCUGCUGGCCGGGUCCCCAGCACCACGCCCGGCGGGUGGGCAGUUGCGCUAUGCCGUGCCGGAGGAGCUGGAGCAUGGAGCCUUCGUGGCCAACCUGGGUGAGGACCUGGGACUGGACGUGUCCACCCUGUCGGCGCGGCGGUUCCGCAUCGCCCCGCUGGAGCUCUACCGCGUCGAGGUGGAGGUGCUGGACAUCAAUGACCAUGCGCCCACCUUCCCCUGGCAAGAGUAUGUGCUGGAGGUGGCCGAAUCUGCUGUGCUCGGUGCCCGCUUCCCUCUCGAGAGUGCACAGGAUCCUGAUGUGGGUACCAACUCGGUGCACACGUACCGGCUCAGCCCCAAUGGGUUUUUUUCACUCGAGGUGCAGACACGCAGUGACGCCAGCAAGUUUGCAGAGCUGGUGCUGGAGCGUGCCCUCGACCGCGAGCAGCAACGCGCGCACCAAGUGCUGCUCACCGCUCUCGACGGCGGUGUCCCCGAGCGCUCAGGCACAGCUCACAUCCUUGUCACAGUGCUGGACGCGAACGACAACGUGCCUGCCUUUGACCAGCCCUCAUACGGCGUGAGCCUUCCUGAGGAUGCCCCUGCUGGCACCCUGGUCAUCCAGCUCAAUGCCACUGACCUGGAUGAGGGCCCCAACGGGGAGAUCGAGUACUCCUUCAGUGGGCAUGCACCACCGCGUGUCCGGGAGCUCUUCCACGUGGAGCCCCGCAGUGGGCAGGUGCUGCUGAAGGGCCCCCUGGACUAUGAGCGCGCAAGCCUCCAUGAGCUCUACGUGCAAGCCAAGGACCGUGGACCCUCGGCCGUGGCCGUGCACUGCCGGGUGCUUGUGCACCUUCUUGAUGUGAAUGACAAUGCGCCAGAGGUGACCCUCACCUCUGUGUCCACACCUGUGCUGGAGGAUGCCCCACCAGGCACCGUCAUCGCUGUCAUCAGUGUUCUGGACCGGGACUCUGGGGACAACGGGCGUGUGAGCUGUGAGGUUGGUCCUGAUGUGCCCUUUGAGCUCCGCUCCUCCUUCCGCAACUACUACACGCUGGUCACCACACAGGCACUGGACCGGGAGGUUGUGCCCGAGUACAACAUAAGCAUCACAGCACGGGACAUGGGCUCACCCGCCCUGCUGACCCGCAGCACCCUCACCAUCCCAGUGUCUGAUGUGAAUGACAAUGCCCCACGCUUCCUCCAGCCCUCCUACAGCGUCUACGUGAUGGAGAACAACGCGCCAGGUGCCUCGAUCUGCUCCGUCAGUGCAUUGGACCCUGACUGCCAACAAAACGCCUACCUGUCCUACUCCAUUGCUGAUGGGCACAUCCAUGGCAUGCCUGUGGGCACCUACGUGUCUAUCAACUCAGACAGCGGCCACAUGUAUGCCCUGCGCUCCCUCGAUUACGAGCAGAUCCGCAGCUUCCAGAUCCAGGUGCAAGCACAGGACGCGGGUUUUCCCCCACUCAGCGCCAAUGUCACUGUCCACAUCUUUGUGCUGGACCAGAACGACAAUGCUCCGGUCAUUGUUUCCCCCAUGCCGCGUAACGGCUCCGUGGCCACUGAGCUGGUGCCGCGAUCAGCCGGGCCUGGCUACCUCGUGGGCACAGUGUCAGCUGUGGAUGCAGAUGCGGGGCUGAACUCUCGCCUUUCCUACCAGCUCCUCCAGGCCACUGACUUCACCCUCUUCAGCGUGGCACCCGACACGGGUGAGCUGCGCACCCUCCGCUCCUUUCUGGAGCAGGAUGCAACCCGGCAGCGGCUGGUGGUGCAGGGGCGUGACGGUGGGCAGCCAGCCCUCUCUGCCACUGUGUCCCUCCUUCUAUCGGUGGUGGACACCAUGCCUCAGACUCUCUCCGACUUCAGUGAGUUCAGCCUCCCUCCAGAGGCCUCCUCAUCUUCCCCACUCACCCUCUACCUCCUUGUCUCCCUGGGCUCCAUCUCCUUCACCUUCCUCCUCGCCAUCCUCAUCCUCACAGCCAUUCGGUGCCGCGGAGAGCGACACUCCCGCCAAGCUUGCCUCGACGUGCCUGGGGGUGGCCCCCCAGGCUACUGCUACAAGGUCUGUCUUGGUCCUGAGUCUGCCCAGAGUGACUUCAUGUUCCUCAAACCCUGCAGCCCACCCCGGAACAAUGAGAAGGACCCUGGGAAACAGUCUCGGCCAGGCCAGCAUCUCCAGGUCUCCAAGCAGAUCAAGCAGCCCAACAUGGACUGUCCGCCUCCAAGCAUGCAGCGACCUGUGCUGAAGAGUUCUCAGAGCCUGGAGGAUGUGGGGGAAAUCCGCAGAGCCCUCCAGAAGGAGCACGAGAGGCUGUGCACCCUGGUGACACCUGUCUCUGAGUUUCAGAAGGCUUCGGCAGGCACCAACAGCAUCUGGACACCCCAGUACAGCCCCUUGUACCCGGGGCACAUCCCAGCUCUGGAUUAUCAGCACAAUGUCUACAUCCCCGGCACCCCCACUCUGCUUUCCAGCAAAGAUGGGCCCCUCUUCCUGGGCCGGGAGAACAAGAACAGCUUCUCCACCUUUGGCAAGAGAAAGAAGAUGACAACUUACUGUGACAUGCAUGAUAGUGUGGUCAUCAACAAUGACCUGAAAUAG